AAGCCCCCGGACUGUCUCUUUAAUGCGCGCCCCCGGCGCCCCCCUGCGCGCUCCCGCCCAUAUAACUGAAGCGCAUGGAGCUGGUCUGGGCUCAGAGGGAGAAGGACCGGGAGAUAGGAACAAGCUAAAAGACUUUUCCAACUGGAAUCCUCUUCCUCCUUCUCCUCUUCCCGCCCUGCUCAACCCAUCUCAGUUCACCCCCCUUGGGGCCCCUGUCCAAGUCCCUGCCCCCCGCUCCCCUGCCUGCUGGGGGGUCUCCAGCGCCCCAUGGCUCUGAGCGGGGGCUCUGGGCUUUGAGGAACCCUCUCCGAGGGGCUGCCCCUGGCUCCCACCCCUGGCCGGCCGCGCACUCUCCGGAGUUCCGGGACUCGGCACUGAAGGGUCUUCAGUCUGUCAAGCCGUCUGUUUGUCAGUUCCUUCCUUGAGGCCCCGCUGUCCCUCGGGCCGCCGCCUCCAGCCCGCCCGCACCCAUGCUGGUUCAUACUUACUCCGCGAUGGACCGUCCGGAUGGGCUGAACGGCGCGGCUGGCGGGGGGCGCCUGUCGCAGCUCUCCUCUCUCAGCCAGGCGGCCUUCUCGGCGGCGGCGGCGCCUCCUCUGUGCCACACGCCUGCCUCGGACUUCCAACCGCCCUACUUUCCGCCACCUUACCCUCAGCCGCCUCUACCCUACGGUCAGACACAAGAGACGGCUUUCCCCCACCUCGGCGAGCCUUACAGCGGCCUUGGAUCGCUCCACCAGCACCCACACCCGCACCAGCACCAGCAGCCGGCCUGGCCCUCUCCCCGAGGCGGCCGCCAGGAUGAGCAAGGCCUUCUGGCUCAGACUCACCGGGCCCUGGGCCUGGACCCUCGCCGGGAUUACCCAGGCGUUCCCCGCCUUUUGCACGGUCUGCCGGACGGAGCGCACGGCCUGGCGGAUGGGCCGCUUGGCCUCCACGGGCUGGCGGCACAUCACGGCUUGGAGGAUCUCCAGGCCGUGGACGACACGGGGAUGAGCCUUCUGGAUCAGUCGGUGAUCAAGAAAGUGCCCAUCCCCUCCAAAGCCAAUGGCAGUGCCAUCUCUGCCCUGGCCUUGAAUAAGGACAGCCUGGUCAGUGGCGUGGUCACCAACCCCAAUGAGGUCUUCUGCUCUGUACCUGGCCGCCUCUCCCUGCUCAGCUCCACUUCUAAGUACAAGGUCACCGUGGGAGAAGUGCAGAGAAGGCUUUCGCCCCCAGAGUGUCUCAAUGCCUCCCUCCUUGGGGGUGUCUUGCGAAGGGCCAAGUCAAAAAACGGAGGUCGGUGCCUUCGGGAGCGACUGGAGAAGAUCGGCCUCAACUUGCCUGCCGGGCGUCGGAAGGCAGCCAAUGUGACUCUGCUCACCUCGCUGGUGGAGGGAGAGGCUGUACACCUUGCCAGAGAUUUUGGCUACGUGUGUGAGACAGAGUUUCCUGCCAAGGCAGCAGCGGAGUACUUGUGCCGGCAACACGCAGACCCUGCAGAACUGCACAGCCGGAAGAACAUGCUGCUGGCCACUAAGCAAAUCUGUAAGGAGUUUUCAGACCUGAUGGCACAGGACCGUUCUCCGUUGGGCAACAGCCGACCCUCUCUCAUCCUGGAGCCAGGAGUACAGAGCUGCCUCACUCAUUUCAGCCUCAUCACCCACGGCUUUGGGGGCCCAGCCAUCUGUGCUGCCCUCACAGCCUUUCAGAACUACCUGGUUGAAUCCCUCAAGGGACUUGACAAAAUGUUCCUGAGUAGCUCAGGCAAUGGGCAUCCAGCUGGAGACUCAAAAGCAUCAGAAAAGGAUGUGAAACAUCGGAAAUAAAUUGCCCUGGCCUCCUGCCUCCUGCUGCCUGCCUCCUGCCCCGAGUCUCCCUCUUCCUUCUUCCCUGGAGCUCCCCUGAAGCUUGGUUUGGAAGGAUUCUCAGAGCACUUCAGGCUUUUGCUGCUACUAAGCCGCCAUCUUGGUUCCACUCCUUCACCUUUGCUCCUGAAGCUUGGGAGAGGAGGUUUGAUCUCUUGAGUGUUGGGGCAGAAAAGAAGGUG